CUCUAUCCGCCCGUCUCUGUGGUAGCCGGGUGCCGGGGCCCCUCCCCUCUUCGGCGGCAGCGAGUUCUUCGGACUCUACCCUGAGCGGACCCGGGGGCUACCGGGCUCUCGCGUCGGUCGGAUUCCGGGUCAUGGCGGUCCGGGGGCCCGCGCCCCGGGCUAGCGCCCGGCCCAGGUUAGAUCUGCAGUUUUUCCAGCGGUUCCUGCAGAUACAGAAGGUUUUGUUUCCCUCUUGGUCAUCACAGAAUGCCUUGAUGUUCCUGACUCUUUUGUGUGUGGCCCUACUGGAACAACUGGUGAUCUACCGGGUUGGCUUGCUUCCCAGUCAGUACUUUGGGGUCCUAGGAAACAAAGAUUUAAAUGGGUUUAAGACCCUGACGUUCCUGGCUGUUGUGCUCAUCGUCCUCAACUCCAUGCUGAAGAGCUUUGACCAGUUCACCUGCAACCUGCUGUAUGUGAGCUGGAGGAAGGACCUCACCGAGCACCUCCACCGCCUCUACUUCCGGGGCCGCGUGUACUACACCCUCAACGUGCUGCGGGAUGACAUCGAUAACCCGGACCAGCGCAUCAGCCAGGACGUGGAGCGGUUCUGCCGGCAGCUCAGCAGCGUGGCCAGCAAGCUGAUCGUCUCCCCCUUCACCCUCAUCUACUACACCUAUCAGUGCUUCCAGAGCACCGGCUGGCUCGGGCCUGUGAGCAUCUUUGGAUAUUUCAUUCUGGGAACCGUGGUGAACAAGAUGUUGAUGGGUCCCAUUGUGGCAAAACUGGUGCAGCAGGAGAAGCUGGAGGGGGAUUUCAGGUUCAAGCACAUGCAGAUCCGGGUGAAUGCUGAGCCUGCUGCUUUUUUCAGAGCUGGGCACGUGGAGCACAUGAGGACAGACCGCAGGCUGCAGAGACUCCUUCAGACCCAGAGGGAGCUGAUGUCCAAGGAGCUCUGGCUGUACAUCGGCGUCAACAUGUUUGACUAUCUGGGCAGCAUCCUGAGUUACGUCGUGAUCUCAAUCCCCAUUUUCAGCGGCGUCUACAGAGACCUGAGCCCCACAGAGCUCAGCACCCUGGUCAGCAAGAACGCCUUUGUAUGCAUGUACCUCAUCAGCUGCUUCACCCGGCUCAUCGAUCUCUCCACCACGCUCUCCGAUGUGGCAGGCUACACACACAGGAUCGGGGAACUUCAGGAGAUCCUGCUGGACAUGACCCUGAAGUCACGGGAUGGGGAGAUCCUGGACGAGAGCGAGUGGGACUUGGCCAGGACUCCAGGAUGGCCAGCAACAGAGCGAACAGAUACAGCUUUUCUUCUUGAGCGGGUCUGCAUCUCCGCCCCCUCCUCUAACAAACCCUUAAUCAAGGAUCUGAGCCUGAAGAUCUCUGAGGGGCAGAGCUUGCUUAUCACAGGCAACACGGGCACCGGCAAGACCUCCUUGCUCCGGGUUCUGGGUGGCCUCUGGGCGAGCACAGGGGGCUCAGUGCAGAUGCUGAUGGACUUUGGACCCCACGGGGUGCUGUUCCUGCCACAAAAGCCAUUCUUCACUGACGGGACCCUUCGGGAGCAGGUGAUAUAUCCCUUGAAGGAGAUCUACCCGGACUCAGGUUCUGCUGAUGAUGAGAGGAUCAUGAGGUUCCUGGAGUUGGCAGGCCUGUCCAGCUUGGUGGCAAGGACAGAGGGUCUGGACCAGCAGGUCGAUUGGAACUGGUAUGAUGUUCUGUCCCCAGGAGAGAUGCAGAGGCUCUCCUUUGCCCGGCUCUUCUACCUGCAGCCGAAGUAUGCAGACACCUUUGGGGUGCUUCAAAAGACCCUCAAAACAUCCUGAAGAGAGAUAUUAAACUAAUUAGGUUUAUUUGACAAUCAUUGCUUUACUCUGAUGCUUUUAUAAAAUGAAGAUCUUUAAGAAGAUUCAUAAAAAGGACUUUUUGACAAAUAUAAGUUUCUGAUGACUUUUAGGUCAUACCACUGAACUGCGUAAGAAAUUACAAAACUCUGACAGAAAACUUUAUGCCUUCAUCCAGAUCAACAAGAACAUGGGGUUGAAUUAACUGAUAAAUAUGAUUUAUAAUUUUAUGACUUUUUUUCUGAAACAUACUGGCUUUUAAUCUUCAUUUUCCAGAAAACCUUUCCUCUUACACUAUGACCUACAACAAGUUGAUAAAGUAUACCUUUGUAAACGAAGAUGCAACAUUUUUCUUUCUACCUGAUCCCUCCAGGAUUUGGCUUCUCCAGCUGGCUCCCAUGUGGACUUGAUAGCUUAUUGAGACCAGAUUACAACUAGCUAUGCUAAUUAUUGUUUAAAUGUGUUCUCUCUCGUUGUUUUCAAAUUAUUUAUACCUUGUGCCUCUCUCUGCUGUACUAUGACUUGAUUACUGUUACUAGCUGAAUUACUUGUAUCCUUAUAUCCUAUUUAAUUUUAUUUAUUUAUUUAUUUUAUUAUUAUUAUUUUUUGGCCACACUGCACUGCUUGCGGGAUCUUAGUUCCCUGAUGAGGGAUCGAACCUGUACCCCCUGCAGUGGAAACAUGGAGUCCUAACCACUGGACUACCAGGGAAUUCCCCUGUCUAUUUUAUAAGACUGUUUUUUCUUACAUUACCCAAUGUAUAACCAGGGCUCUGGCAAAAUUAAUGAUGGCUAAACGUCUUGAGGCAGUUGAUCAUAUAUAUAACUCUAUAUACAAUAAUUGUAAUAGUGCAAUGCUAGAUCUCUAGAUACAGGAAAAAGGUGCAAGGGAAAAACAUUUCCUGGAUCGUAGUAGACUACUUAGACAGGUGAUCCAGAGAAUUUUAGGUUAUCAACAGGGACUAAUUCAAAAAUUAGCACAUUAGGGACUUCCCUGGUGGCACAGUGGUUAAGAAUCCGCCUGCCAAUGCAGGGGACACGGGUUCGAGCCCUGGUCCGAGAAGAUCCCACAUGCCGCAGGGUGGCUGGGCCCGUGUGCCAUAACUACUGAGCCUGAGUACCACAGCUACUGAGCCCACAUACCACAAUUGCUGAAGCCUGAGUGCCUGGUGCCCGUGCUCCAUAGCAGGAGAGGCCACCAUGGUGAGGGGCCCACACACCGCAGCAGGGGGUGGCCCCUGCUCCCCUCAACUGGAGGGGGCCCGCGUGCAGCAGCGAAGACCCAACACAGCCAAAAAUAAAUAAUAAAUAAAUUUAUAAAAAAAGAAAAAUUAGCACAUUAAGUAGCCUAUCAACAGAAUUCCCACCUGAUCUAGGAAUGAGCCUAGGUCAUUGGGACAAAUUGGUCAUGAAAUGCCUCCCAAACCUUUGUCGAAUUUAUGACCAAGAGGAAACUCUGUGGACAAAGAAUGUUGCCCACCAUCAAGCCAUCCACCACUGCAGCCUCCCCUCCACCUCCACCCCAUGAUGUGUCCUAAGGGGAAUUCAGAACGGAGAAAAACAAGAUACUGGCCCUACAGAGUUAAGAUGCAUAUCAAAGGAAUAAUUUCAAUGAGCCCAGACUCUUUCCAUACAUAGAAAAAUGGCUAAAAUCAUUAACUUGAGAUGUCUGUUUUUGUGAUUAGCAGUAAUCUUUUGAUGUUCAACUACGUGUUUGUUUGUUUGUUUUUUCUGCAAAAACUCCUAUAUAUCCUGGCUCCUCCCUUACCUCUUUGCAACAGUUCCUCAGAGCUAUCUGUCUCCUGGGCUGUAGUCCUCAGUCAGGAUACUGAAUAAAACAUAACUCUCAGGAUUA